AUGAAGGGGCGGACUGUGAAACUAAGGGAAGCCCACAGGAGCAGCGGCGCUGCGCACUGUUCGGUCAUAUGGGACCUGGACGAGGGGAAGCACCUGGUCACCGCCGCAUCCUCGGACACCGCCAUCGCCGUCCACGAUCUCGCCAGCCAGACGCCGUUACCCUCCAAGACACUGCGCCACCACAGGGAUGGCAUCACCUGCCUCGCCCUCAGCCCGGAUUCCGCCUGCCUCGCCUCUGGCUCCAUCGACCACUCCGUUAAGCUCUACGGGUUCCCAAGUGAGUUCUUAUUCCUCGUCUCUCUUCUCCCCUUUUUUCUCGUUAAAUUGAGAGAUCUGCGAAGUGAGUUUGAUGCUUUCAUCUGGAUUGAUGAGGUCUGCGAAGAGUUGCGGAGCACUCUUCCUGUUUUCUACCAUUUUGUUGUCCGUUUCUCCUGUCCAGGUUCCACUCAGGUUUUCUGUGUGGUAAUCUUGAAAAACUUGCGCCCGAUGGCUUCAAAAUGCGGUGAUGCUCAGAUUAUUAUUAAACUUUAGCCACGCAAAUAAGACUCGCGCUACUUUUCUUUAGAGGUCACUAAUUGGUUGCUCCUCUGACUAGGCGGCGAUUUUCAAAGCAACGUUACCAGAUUCACAUUGCCUAUCCGCUGCCUCGCCUUCAAUAGGUCAGGUAGCCUGUUGGCUGCGGCUGGCGACGACGAUGGCAUCAAGUUGAUCGCUACAAUCGACAGCUCGAUUUCGAGGGUACUCAAGGGUCACAAAGGAACAGUGACUGGACUUGCCUUCGAUCCGAAGAAUGAGUUUCUAGCAUCUGUCGAUGGUCUCGGCACUGUCAUCUACUGGGAUCUCUCCUCUGGGCAACCAGUGCAUACUCUAAAAUCUAUAGCUCCUGACUGUGGUUCGGAUGCGUCCAUUUUGAAUGUGGUGUCCUGGAGUCCGGAUGGGGAAGUCCUAGCAGUCCCAGGAUUGAAGAAUGACGUGGUCAUGCAUGACAGAGACACAGCUGAAAAACUAUUCUCUCUGAAAGGCGAUCACGAAGAAUCUGUUUGUUUCUUUUCGUGGUCCCCAAAUGGGAAAUAUAUGGCCACUGCUGGCAUGGACAGGCAGGUUUUAAUUUGGGAUGUUGACCUAAGGCAGGACAUUGAUCGACAGAAAUUUGAUGAGCGGAUUUCUUGCCUGGCAUGGAAACCUACCGGGAAUGCUCUAGCUGUUAUUGACGCCAUGGGUAAGUUCGGGAUCUGGGAGCUCCCGGUCCCUUCCUUCAUGAAGUCUCCCACCGAGGAUGUGCCUGACCCACAAACGAAAAAACAUGGAAGUUUGUUUUUCGAUGAAGAUGAUGAAGAAGAUAGCUCUUCUGGUAGCUUGAAUGAUGCUGGUGAAGAUUGCCUUGAUGAAUCUGAGCCGGCUAGCCAUAAGAGAUUGAGGAAACGUUCUAAACUUAAUGAUAAUCUGAAUGAGGACGAUGGUGGGGAAGAUGAUCUGCUUUAUGCCAUUGAAUCGCGAGACAGACGUAGGAAUAGAAGACGAACAGAGAGCAUGGCAGUUUCUGGCUCGGCAAAGUUAAAGAGCUCAAGAAUACAGGAGGCGUUUCAGCCAUGCUCCACGCCUGAACAAUCUGGGAAGAGACGUUUUCUUUGUUACAAUAUGCUUGGGACCAUCACAACGAUGGAUAACGAGGGAUAUUCGCACAUAGAGGUGGCCACACGUCCAUUUUUCUCUCCUUUAUUUCGAAUUAAGUUCCUUUCUUCAUUACUCUAGUCGAGCAGCAUGCCACUUUUUGUUGCAUCUCAAAUACAUUCUGCGUAAAGAAUGGGGAUUUCUAAUAUCCGUUUCACUCUUUUUCUGGGCUCCCUCCUUGAUUUAUAUUCUAAAACAUUCAAGAAUUAACAGGUUGAUUUCCAUGACACUGGGAGAAGUUCUAGGGUUCCUUCAAUGACAGAUUUCUUUGGUUUCACCGUGGCCUCGCUCAACGAGUCUGGAAGUGUCUUUGCUAAUCCUUGCAAGAGUGGAAAGAGUGCGAGUACUCUGAUGUAUCGCCCUUUCAGCAGCUGGGCUAAUAAUAGCGAGGUAAAUUAUUCUUAACCAAUUCAUGUAACUAGUCUUAAAUGACAUAUCAACAUAGUGUCACAACCGGAUCAUGACGCCACUAUGCCCAUGUUAUACACAUGGCUUGCAAUGAUAGACUGAUUUUGUGCACUAUGUGAAUCCAGUGGUCUAUGCGUUUUGAAGCAGAAGAAGUGAAAGUGGUGGCCCUUGGCACUGGUUGGGUGGCUGCUGUGACAGAUCUUAAUUUUCUUCGCAUCUUCUCAGAAGGUGGUUUGCAGGUUUGUGUUACCAGCCUCUUUAUAACAUCCUUCCUCAACUUCUGAUCUAGUCCACUGCUAUAAGGCUCAUGCUUUUGGCAGAACACCUUUCCUGAUGUAGAUUAUCCAAAGAAUGGUAGCACUUAGUUGACUAUGACCACGAAUAUCUAGCUUGUUCCUUGAAUGAUUGUAUUGCAAUUGGAUCGGACUUGAUGUUCAUCACACGUUUGCAUUCCCUCUUCGAACGAGUGUGUUGGCUUUUCUGGUCUAACUUCAUCGAUUACUUUUGACAGAGGCAUAUUAUAUCUCUUAGUGGACCUGUUGUCACCGCAGUAGGAUUCAAGGAUGAACUAGCUAUUGUAACUCAUGCUUCAGGGCCCCUUCCAUCAGGAGACCAGGUACUUCGAAAUAUUUUAGUUUAGAAGCCGUCAUUCGUUGCAAUCUGUUCUACUCUAAUGCUACCCUUGCCCAUAUUGACUACUACUUUGCUUCUUCUUUUCGUUGUGUAAUGCUGUCUAUAUUGUAUUCAGAUGCUCGAAGUCAAAGUUUUCAACAUAUCAAGUGGAACCCAACCCAUUAGAUGCCCACUUCCACUGUCUCCAGGAUCUACACUCUCGUGGUUUGGAUUCAGUGAAGAAGGCCAGUUGACUGCAUACGAUUCACAGGUACGCUUUGCUUUUAGAAAGCCGCCCGCUCGUACUUGAAUUCUUUGGGUCUGAUUUGACGAAGUCUUAUUUCUUCGGUAAAUCAUCCAGGGCGUGCUGAGAGUUUUCACAAACCAGUUUGGAGGGAGUUGGCUACCAAUCUUCAGGUACUAAAUCACAUUCAUCUCUUCUCUUACUAGAAACCCUCAGACCAGAUACUGAUGAAGAAAGCAAUCUCUACCGCAGUGCGAGCACGUCUGAAGAAGAGAGUUAUUGGGUUGUGGGUUUGAAUGCUACCAAGCUGUUCUGUAUAGUGUGCAAGCCCCCUGAUUCAUACCCUCUGGUACAAGAUCACACUCUUAUGCUUGCAUCUUCUUCGGACAUUAAUUCACAGCCUUGAAUCACUCCCGACGAUCUCCAGGUCUCACCGAAGCCGGUUCUAACUCUACUAAGCCUCUCAUUUCCCGUCGCGUUGUCCGAUCUCGGGGCUUCCAAUCUUGAGAACGAGUUCAUCAUGUUCAGCCACCAACUUUCUCAGGUCUACUCUUUCUCCCUGCUUGUUACAGAUUCGAAGGUACCCUCGCUUGCUUCUAAAAUCGUACGUUCCAAUCCACAGAUUCAGACCCAGAUCGAGGUCGCCGCCGCCGCAGGCCAGGACACCACGUCUCUCGACGAUGAGGCUUUCAACACGGAGGCCGCUCUGGACAGAUGCAUCUUGAGGCUGAUCGCCAGCUGCUGCAAUGGUAAAAGACCACAGAGAUGGCCCAGCUCUGGUGUUGACCCUCGAACUUGUUUGACCUGGCGGAUGUGUUGCAGGGGACAAGCUCGUGAGGGCCACUGAGCUCGCUAGAUCGCUCCUCCUGAAGAAGUCAAUCGCUGGGGCGAUAAAACUCGUCACCGCCCUCAAGCUUCCCAUUCUAGCUGAGAGAUUCAGCGGCAUCCUCGAGGUAACUAUGAACGGUCUUGUCAAGUUCUCCUCUUUCGUGCUUGGACUCCAUCUGCGUUUCUGAACGACGAUGAACAGGAGAGACUACUGAGUGAAGCCACAGGGAGUCCCUCCGGGCAAAUCUCCGCCGCCAAUGGCUCAUCUCCGGCGGCGCCGCCCAAGCCUCUGGCUCCACCCAGAGGCCCCUCUCCGCCGCGCUUCCCGAAGCAGCGGAGAGGAGACGGCGAGACGAAGAUGAAGACGCUGGGAGCCGUGAAGUCGAUCGUCGGCGGCGACGGCGAGGAGCGCCGGGAGACCGUGAAGUCGGUUGUCGCCGGCGACGCCGAGGAGCGCCGGCCGGCGAACCCGUUCGCGAAGUCGUCGAGCAGCCACGGCAAGGCGUCCCUUCUCGACUCCAUCAAGAAGAAGAAAUCUGACGGCGAGUGCGAGACUAAUGGCGUCAAGAAGGGAAUCAAGGUGUGA